GCCCUGGGUAGGUACCUUUUUCCCUUUCUUUCUUUCUUUCUCUGCGUCCUCACUCUGCUGCUUUAUCACCACACUGGCACACUCUCUCACUGUCCACCUGCAACUCCUGCUAGUGCCUCUUCUACCUCCCAUCCCCUUUCCUCCUCGCCUCGCUCCUGGUAGUAAGUAGAAUUACGAUUUCAGUUCCAUCCAUGGCGGAGGACAGUCUUUACUCUUUAGCAGCAGCCAAUUAAUUAACCUAUAGGUGGCAGUUUGCGAGCCUAAUUAAGAUGGCAGCAGGCAGCUCCUCCGAUCCGGCAACCGGCAUGGCCACAUCUCUUCUCUCGGCCGCCCUCCUCCUCUUCUCCGCCGCCGCCGCCGCUGCGCAGAUGCCAGGUUUCGUCAGCAUCGACUGCGGCGGCUCCGCGAACUACACGGACGGGCUGGGCCUGCUGUGGACGGGCGACGCCGAAUGGUUCCCCUUCGGCGAGACGGCCACCAUCGCCGUGGCGUCGGAGAAGCGCACGCAGUACUCCACUGUGCGCUACUUCCCCGCCGUGUCCCCCUCGUCGCCGGCGACCAGCAGCAGCACCAGCACCAAGCACUGCUACACGCUCCCCGUCCGCACCCGCACCCGCUACCUCGUCCGCGCCACAUUCCUGUACGGCAACUUCGACAGCAGCAACGUCUUCCCGGAGUUCGACCUCUACCUGGGGGCCACCCGCUGGUCCACCAUCGUCAUCUACGACGACGCCAAGGUGGUCACCCGCGAGGCCGUCGUGCUCGCCGCCGCGCCCGCCCUCAGCGUCUGCCUCUCCAACGCCACCACAGGCCAGCCCUUCAUCUCCACGCUCGAGCUCCGCCAGCUCAACGGCUCCCUCUACUACACCGACUGCGAGGCCGACGCCUUCCUCGGCCUCGCCGCCAGGAUCAACUUCGGGGCGCCCACCGCCGAGCCGGUCAGGUACCCCGACGACCCCUACGACCGGAUCUGGGAGUCGGACAUGGUCAGGAGGGCCAACUACCUGGUCGACGUCGCCCCCGGCACCGUCAACGUCUCCACCGACAGGCCCGUCUUCGUCGCCUCCGGCGAGAGGCCGCCGCAGAAGGUGAUGCAGACGGCGGUGGUGGGCUCGCUCGGGGAGCUCACCUACCGCCUCAACCUCAACGGCUUCCCCGGCACCGGCUGGGCCUUCUCCUACUUGGCCGAGAUCGAGGAGUUCGUGGUCCCCGAGACGCGCAAGUUCAAGCUCUACAUCCCCGGCCUGCCGGACGUGAGCAAGCCGACGGUGGACAUCGGCGAGAACGCGCCGGGGAAGUACCGGCUCUACGAGCCGGGCUUCUUCAACAUCACGCUGCCGUUCGUGCUCUCCUUCGCGUUCCGCAAGACCAACGACUCGUCCAAGGGCCCCAUCCUGAAUGCCUUUGAGAUAUACAAGUACAUCCGCGUGGAGGUCGGCUCGCCGGAUGGUCCGGUGAUGGCAGGCCUGGCGUCGCGUUACCCCUUGGCCGACUGGGCGAUGGAAGGCGGCGAUCCCUGCCUCCCUUCGCCGUGGUCUUGGGUGAGAUGCAAUUCGGAAGCACAACCAAGAGUCAUUUCCAUACAUAUUUCAGGAAAAAACUUGACGGGCAACGUGCCGCCGGAAGUAGGGGCCUUGCCAUGCUUAGCAGAGAUCGGACUUGCUAAUAACAUGCUGACGGGCCCAAUCCCUGACCUCAGUGGCUCGUCCAACCUAUCCAUCAUUCAUCUCGAGAAUAAUCAACUGACCGGAAACGUUCCUUCAUACUUUGGCAGCUUGCCAAAACUGAGCGAGCUGUACCUUCAAAAUAACAAGCUGUCUGGAUCCGUACCCAGGGCUCUGCUAAGUCGAAGCAUUAUUUUCAACUACUCCGGGAACAUGUAUCUUGGAAUAGAGACCCAAGAGAAGACGAAGCAUGUAAUCAUCAUCAUAUCUGUUCUGCUUGGAGCUUCCUUGUUGCUUGCAGCCGCCCUAUGUUGCUACAUGCUGACACGCAGGAGCACUAAGAAGCAACACUCCUCACCACAAGGAGCAGGAGCAGAUGAUGAUGGUGAUGAUUUUAUAAACAAACGCAAGGUCGCCGUGCCUGUACCCCAGAACAAGUUGCAGAACCCAAUAAUAAGCUCGCAGGCGCAGCCCUGUGAAAUCGCCACCGAGACUGCUCAUCCCUACAGUUUAUCUGAGCUCCAAGUGGCGACCAGCAACUUCGCCAGCAGGAUCGGCUCAGGGGGGUUCGGGAUCGUCUACUACGGGAAGCUGAGUGAUGGAAAGGAGAUUGCAGUGAAGGUGCCUAGCAACGACUCGUACCAGGGGAAGAAGCAGUUCAAAAACGAGGUGUCUUUGCUCUCAAGGAUACACCACAGGAACCUCGUGGCGUUUCUGGGCUACUGCCAUGAGGAUGGGAGAAACAUUCUGGUCUACGAGUUCAUGCACAACGGAACCCUCAAAGAGCACCUGCAUGGACGCGACAAGCACAUUAGCUGGAUCAAGCGGCUUGAGAUUGCAGAGGAUGCGGCGAAAGGGAUCGAGUACCUCCACACUGGAUGCACGCCAUCCAUCAUCCACAGAGACAUCAAGACGAGCAACAUCCUUCUUGACAAGGAGAUGCGAGCCAAGGUGUCCGACUUCGGGCUCUCCAAGUUGGCCGCCGAGGAGUCUCACGCGUCCACCAACGUGAGAGGGACACUAGGCUACCUGGACCCGCAGUACUACACCUCCCAGCAGCUGACGGAGAAGAGCGACAUGUACAGCUUCGGCAUCAUCCUUCUGGAGCUCAUCUCCGGGCGCCCUCCCAUCUCGACCAUCUCCUUCGGGGAGCAGUUCCGCAGCAUCGGGCCCUGGGCCAAGUCAUACUACGAAAGCGGCGACAUCGAGGCCAUCAUCGACCCCUCCAUCAUCUCCGGCGGCGGGUACCAGGACGUGCAGUCCAUCUGGAAGAUGGCGGAGGCCGCGGUGCGGUGCAUCGACACGGAGCCCCGGAAGCGACCGUGCAUGCCGGAGGUGGUGAAGGAGAUCCAGGACGCCAUGGCGCUCGAGCGGUCGUCGGAGACGGCGACCGUGCAGAGGGGUGGCCCCUUCUCCCCUGCGGCGGCGAGCGUCAGGUCCGGCGGAACCAUGAGGUCGCACGACAUGGUCAUGGACAACCUGCUGCUCUUGGACGACGACGACUCGGCCACCUCCUUCUCCGGCUCCGUCGGCAAGCUCAAGUACCCGGAGCUGCGCUAGACAUAUACUCAGCUUUGUUUUUUUGAGCGGCAAUUAAUUUUAGUACUGCACUGUAGUAUUUUUCAUUUUUGCUUGCAAGCAUUGAUUGCCAGCAGUCGCUAGCUAUGUCUGUCUGUCAUACUACACGACACACACGACCAGCCAAGUGUUAUUUAAAAAAAAAGAAAAAAAAAGAAGUAGAAAACCUUGAAAUUAAUUCUCUUGAGGCCCAGGCCCAGGCCCAAAACCAGCAGCAGCAGCCCAGCGAGAAGUUGACGUGGGCAUUCUGGUCAAUUCACAUUGGAACAGACGCGGGCGUUAGGGUUCCAUCUCCAUCCCGCCGGCUGCCGCCACGCCCACACACCAGGGGACACAAUUAUCCUGACCCGACCCGAACAUCCAUCACCGCGAGCUAAAACCCUUGCUCUCCCCGCCCAGCCAUCGCUGCUUCCGCUUCUGCUCCUGCUUCUCCCGCCCCGCCUACGCGGCCACCACGCCUCUUCCUCCUCCUCUUCCUUGUCGGAGCAUCGGAUCAGCUGCUUAAUUUCCAUGGGGAUGGAGAUGGAGAUGGACAAGGAGAAGGAGAUGGAGACCGAUCCCGAUCUCAAUCCCAAUCCCAGUCCUUCCCCCUCGCCCGACAACUCGACCAAGGCCUGCGCCGACUGCCACACCACCAAGACUCCGCUCUGGCGCGGAGGGCCCGAGGGACCCAAGUCCCUCUGCAACGCCUGCGGCAUCCGCUACCGCAAGAGGAGGAGACAGGCCCUCGGCCUCGACGCCGCCGACGCGCAGCAAGAUCACCACCAGCGCAAGAACAAGGCCGCCGAUCCGCACGAGGAUCAGCAGCAGCCGAAAAGGAAGGCCGCCGCCGCCGCCAGCAGCACCACCACCACCAAGAAAGACAAGGACAAGAAGAGAAAGGAUCGGCAAGUCACCGUGGAGCUCCGCGUGGUGCCUUUCGGCAAGGAGGUGAUGCUCAAGCAGCGCCGCCAGAUGCGCCGCAACAAGUGCAUGAGCGAGGAGGAGAGGGCGGCCGUCCUCCUCAUGGCGCUGUCGUCGGGCGUCAUCUACGCCUCAUGAUUCCAUCCAACCUGCUGCUGCCUAUCCCCCAAGUGCCCCUUUUUCUCCGAUCGAGAUCAGAUCAUCUGUAGCACUACUAGUUAGUGGGAGCCGAAGCUGAACAACAAGACUCCUUGCAUCCUCCCAAUAAUCCUGCCUUUAGCUCAUUCAUCUGUAAUGCUCGCUCUAUGUAACUGUAAUCUCCAGCCAGUCCUGACCCGACCCAGCAGACACCAGACAGCAAGUGUAACAAAGGUCAUCGUCUCUUCUUGUUGCAACGCUCUAUCAAAGUGUUACUGUUUGGGCUGCUGAUGUUGACCUUGCAUCCAUCAACUUUUUGGCAAGUGCUGUUUUGACUGAAAAUGUUGCACUGCUACUGCUGGUCAGUCAGCAUCAUUA